AUGGGCCCCCGCCCCCCUCGGCCCCCAGCCCAACUCCGGAGCUGCAGCCCAGGCCCGCGGGGCCGAGGGUGCGUUCCACCUCCCCGCCCCUCCCCCUCCCGUGUGUUCUGCGGCCACCCAGGUCUUCCAGGACCCCGCUGUGGAUAAGAGACAAGGGUGCAGGGACGCCCCCUUCUGCAGGAGCCGUCGGGGGGGCCGGACCCAGGCACGCCGGACAGCCCCGCUAGAGCCAGGCGCUGGGUCUGGGGCGCAGUCGGAGCGCAGAGGGCUGGCUGGCCGCCACAGCGACCGCGGUGGCAGCUGCGAGCAGACUGGGGCCGGGGGGCCUCCUAGGUGACAGGCGCUGAGCGCUGGGCUGGAAGAAUGCUUGGGAGAACGAAGGAGGAGGCCGGAUCUAGCUUAGGGACAGCUUGCUGCCUGACCUGAGGGGGCCAAGAAAUUCAGAGAGACGAUCUCACCCUUGGACUGAGACUGCUCAGCGUGGAAGGGGGUCCCUGGAGCCUGGAACACCACCCCACACCCUUUUACCAAGGCCUGCAGGCCCCAGAGAGCAGUUAGAAAGGAGGCCGAACUGCCAGUCCCUGUAGGAGAGAAAGGACAUUUUCUGCGCAGCCAGCCCGCAGGGCUAAGCCACAGCAGGGACCUGGCCCCUGAGGCCUCAGCGGCCAUGUCACGGCCAGGCCAGGGUGUGAUGGUGCCGGUGAACGGGCUGGGCUUCCCACCGCAGAAUGUGGCCCGCGUGGUGGUAUGGGAGUGGCUGAACGAACACAGCCGCUGGAGGCCCUACACGGCCACCGUGUGCCACCACAUUGAGAACGUGCUCAAGGAGGAUGCCCGAGGCUCUGUGGUCCUGGGCCAGGUGGACGCCCAGCUGGUGCCCUACAUCAUCGACCUGCAGUCCAUGCACCAGUUUCGCCAGGACACGGGCACCAUGCGGCCCGUGCGGCGCAACUUCUACGACCCGUCGUCGGCGCCGGGCAAGGGGAUCGUGUGGGAGUGGGAGAGCGACAGCGGCGCGUGGACCGCCUACGACAUGGACAUCGGCAUCACCAUCCAGAACGCCUACGAGAAGCAGCACCCGUGGCUCGACCUCUCGUCGCUGGGCUUCUGCUACCUCAUCUACUUCAACAGCAUGUCGCAGAUGAACCGCCAGACGCGCCGCCGCCGCCGCCUGCGCCGCCGCCUGGACCUGGCCUACCCGCUCACCGUGGGCUCCAUCCCCAAGUCGCAGUCCUGGCCCGUGGGCGCCAACUCGGGCCAGCCGUGCACCUGCCAGCAGUGCUUGCUGGUCAACAGCACGCGCGCCGCCUCCAACGCCAUCCUGGCUUCCCAGCGCCGCAAGGCGCCCCAGGCCAGCUGCAGCACCCUCUCUCCUCCCCGCAGGGUCCCUGCACUCCCGGUGAAGAACUUGAAUGGUACUGGGCCAGUCCCUCCGGCACUGGCAGGGAUGACCGGGAUUCUGCUGUGUGCGGCCGGGCUGCCUGUGUGCCUGACGAGGGCCCCCAAGCCCAUUUUGCACCCGCCGCCUGUGAGCAAGAGUGACGUCAAGCCGGUGCCCGGCGUCCCCGGCGUGUGCCGCAAGACCAAGAAGAAGCACCUCAAGAAGAGGAGAGAAGACCCGGUGGUCAUCCCCCACAGUGACCACAGCUUUGGAAGCCCUGCGGGAGGCCUGUUCGGCACAGGUGCCCCACCCUCCGCAUCCUCACCGUCCCCUGCGUGCCCACAGGACUGCACCAUCUGCAUGGAGCGGCUGGUCACCGCCUCGGGCUAUGAGGGCGUGCUGCGGCACAAAGGCGUGCGGCCAGAGCUCGUGGGUCGUCUGGGCCGCUGCGGCCACAUGUACCACCUGCUGUGCCUAGUGGCGAUGUACUCCAACGGUAACAAGUUCCAUGAAGAAGUUUUCAUUACUUAUUUGUUGCAAAUGGCAAACACACCCCGCUGCUCAUGGGCAGGUUGGAGGUUCCAGUCCACUCGGAAGUGCCUUGUCGGUGAGGCCUGGUGGUCUACUUUCCCAAAUAACAACGCUGAGAAGCCAAUGGAGGGGGCAGUUCUACCCCAGCACCCAGUGGACACCCCAGAGGACAGAGAGGAGCCCUGGUGGCGCGGCGGGUAUCGCGUUGGGCAGCAAACGGCAAGGGCCCCUGUUCACACCCGCAGCCGCUGGGCCGCUGGGAGAGGACUAGGAUUGACAGCCUCGGAAACAGUUCUACUCUUGCCCUGGAGGGGCGCUGUGAGUCGGAAACGGCUCAAUGGCCGGGAUUUGGGUUGGUUUGGACUUUUUAGAGGUCGGAAUAGAACUGCCCCCUCGAGUUUCCGACAUGCAUUAGGCCUUUUCUCCAUGAAACCAGAAUUGCUGCCAAUCGACAGCCCAGCCUUAGCCAAUGUGCUGUCUGGGCUCGGUUUAGUGGGUGGCGGAUCCCGGGCCAUCCAGUGGGUUGCAGGGUGGAGGCGGGGCUCAGGCUGCAGGGGCGGGGCUGCGCGUGACCCCGCCCCCUCUCCCCCACUCCAGGUGUUGCGGCUGCUGAUCACCGCCUGGGAGCGCAGGCUCAUCUUCACCAUCGGAACGUCCAAUACCACGGGCGAGUCGGACACCGUGGUGUGGAACGAGAUCCACCACAAGACCGAGUUCGGCUCCAACCUCACGGGCCACGGCUACCCGGACGCCAGCUACCUAGACAACGUGCUGGUGGAGCUCACCGCCCAGGGCGUGUCUGAGGCUCCGGCCAAGGCCUGAGGUCCAAGGCUGCCCGCUUGCCCACCUGCUUUGUCCCUGGCCCGGCACAGGCACCCCUCCGCCAGCGCGGAAGGCUUGAACGAGAGAAUCCUGGAGGCCCGGGCCCAGGACUGGGGGCGCAUCCCAGGGCGUUUGGCUGGUGGCAGUUUGGCUGUUGCGGUGGACCUGAGCCCAGCCCCCUCCGACCCACCACCGCCAGCUGAGAGGGCUGCAGCGAGAGUUCUGGAAACCGCAGCGACCUCCCUACCAAAAGAGACAGAGCCCCUCCCUCUCACACACAACACACGUGUCCUGUUGAACACAUGCACGCACACACACGUGCCUCGACUUGCCCCCACGCUGGGGGAGAAGAGAUGGGAAGGCCCCGUGGUACCACGGUGGGGGCUCAUCUCUGCCUAUCGCAUCUGUACACGCUUGUCUGCAAACAGCGUUCAGGGCAAGCUUUAGGACCUGCUGGGGCCUCUGGGGGAGGGGCCAAGGAAGCCAAAUAGCCCCCCCUUCCAUGCUGCACCCACGCGAUCAUCAUCACCCAUCUCUGCCAACCAUUGAUGGGCAGAUUACUGAGCUGUGUUGCAGAGGGAUAAGCCAGAGGGUGGGGUGGGGUGGACUAGAGGUAUCUUCUUUUGUGCUUGUGUCUCGGCAUCCUUCUGAGACCUGACCGCCUUUCUCCCCGCACCCCACCCCCCUCAGCUGUACAUCUGUCCCAGAUAAAGGCACUGUCCCCUCCCUAUCUCAUCCUCUCCACGAAAUCAUUCCCGACUCCCAGAUCCAAAGGCUGGAGCCUCAGGCUUCAGAAGCAGAGUAGGUCUCAGACCAGUGUGCUUAAAAAGCAGAGCAGACAGCAAAGAGUCGACUCCUCUUUCCUUGGGAGUGGGCAGUGUGAUGGCUGAGAGUCUCCGGCCAACCAGGGGCCUGUUGCCCAGGCAACUCACCAGCUCCGCCUCUGUUCAUUGGCUGCCAAGGUGGAAGUCAGCCGAGAUUUAAAGGGACGCCAGCGAUAGCUCUUUUGAAAACCUACCAGUCCCACUGUGGGUGGAGAAAUAAAUGGUCUUUCUCCUCCUCA